GUGGCAUUGUGGGUGGAAAUUGUGAUGGCGGCGCUGGAGAGGAAAGGGAGGGCCAUGUGAGUCAGGAGUGUGAGGAACGUCCCCAUUCAUGUUUAUGCAGUGAAGAAGCAGCAAAGCUAUUGGGUCGUCUUGCACCGAGAGGAAUGUGAACUUGAAGAUCAUCAUCUGAGUCAAGUUACAGACUAAGCUACUGUACUACCAAGGAGGUUGCUACUACCUAACCUUUAAAAACUGGACAUGACUACAGGGAGUCUUAGAUAGGCAACAGCUGCAAUAAAAGUGAAUUGUUUUUACCGUGACGCUGUGUCGGAACCAUGGAUUUUGCCACAGCCAGUAGUGUGGUGCUGGAAACCCUGACCAAGGCCACCAGCCAGGACCAGACUAUUCUGAAGCCUGCAGAACAACAACUCAAGCAGUGGGAGACUCAGCCUGGCUUCUACUCCAUUCUUGUGACCAUAUUUUCCAACCAUGCCAUCUCCCUGAAUGUUCGCUGGCUGGCAGUGCUGUACUUCAAGAAUGGAGUGGACCGAUAUUGGAGAAGAACUGCUCCUAACAUGAUGGUUAAGGAGAUUCCUCCAGGGCUGGUUAGAAGGAGGGCUGCAACCAUUAGUGAGAUAUAUGCCAUCCCAGAGGAGGAGAAAAAUCAACUGAGGAAACAACUCAUUGCAAACUUCAAUGAACCAGUCAACCAGGUUGCCACCCAGCUGUCUGUACUGAUAGCGAAGGUUGCACGCGUGGACUGUCCCCGAGCCUGGCCGGAGCUCAUUCCAACCCUCCUGGAAGCAGUCAAGUCUCCGGAGGUACUGCUCCAACAGAGGGCGCUGCUGACUCUGCACCAUGUCACCAAGACACUUGCCACCAAGAGACUGGCAGGGGAUAGGAAGAUAUUCCAGGAGCUUGCAGGGAACAUCUUUAGCUUUGUGUACAACCUGUGGAACAGCCACAUGGAGACCUUCCUACAGUUGGUAGUCACAUCGCCUGGCAGCACUGACCAGCUUCUGCCUCCACUGGAGAGAUGUCUACUAACUCUGAAAGUCUGCAGGAAGCUAGCUGUACAUGGCUUCACAAGUGCAGACACCAUGCCAGAUGUAAUGGCUCUCCUAAAUGCAACACACCCACGAAUCAAGUCCCUACUGCCUCUAAGAAAAGAUUUCUCUACUCACAUUCAGCUAAAGGAGAAGCUUGAAAAGCUCGUAAUUCUGCUGACAAAAGUGCUGCUAGACAUGCUUGAGUACCAUGCUGUGGCCUUCGUCCCAUUCAUCCAACCAGCGCUGGAGUUUACAGUAAGCUACGUGUUCACAGAGACAGGAGAGGGGCUACUGUUCGAGAGGUUUACUGUCCAGUGCCUGAACCUGGUCAAAGCCAUUAUAAAAUGUGACAAAUACAGACCUGCCAAAGAAAUAAGUGAAACCAAAGAACCAGCCACAAUAGAAGCCUAUAAGGCAAAGAUGAGCUUCUUCACCUGUGCGACCCUGACUGAGAUCUGCACACGUCUCAUCCUGCAGUACUUCCCUCUCACGGAGGAGGAUUUGCAGGCUUGGGAUGCUGAUGCAGAAGACUACAUCACUGAUGAAGGGGGAGAAUCCUGGAAGUUUACACAAAGACCCUGUGUGGAGGUUUUUUUCAUGACUCUGUUCCAUGAGUUCUGUGAGACUCUCACACCGUGUCUUCUUCAGAUGGUGCAAACAGUGCAGGGUCCUGUGAAUCCAGAAGAUGUUUGUGCCUUGUUGCAGAAGGAUGCAGUUUACAAUGCCCUUGGCCUGGCUUCCUACGAGUUAUAUGAUGUGGUAGAUUUUGACCAGUGGUUCCAAAACCAGCUGCUUGGAGAGCUGCAAUGCAAGCAUCCUAGAUACAAAUUAAUUCGAAGACGAGUCAUCUGGCUGAUUGGCCAGUGGAUUGGAGUGAAGUUCUCUGUUGACUUGCGCCCGAUGAUGUAUGAAGCCAUCCUGCCGUUGCUGGGUACAGAAGAGGACCUGGUGGUCCGCAUCACUGCUGCUAAUACUCUGAGGAUAGCUGUUGAUGAUUUUGAGUUUAAGUCAGAGCAGUUCCUACCGUACUUGGAGAGAAGCUUCUCAUUAUUAUUCCACCUGCUGCAGCAGGUAUCUGAGUGUGACACCAAGAUGCAAGUGCUGCAUGUCCUUUCCUUUGUGAUUGAAAGAGUUGGAUCGGAGAUCAGGCCAUAUGUGUCGUCACUAGUACAGUACCUACCUAUGCUGUGGGAGGAAUCAGCAGAACACAACAUGCUGAGAUGUGCCAUCAUCACAACACUCAUCCAUCUCGUACAGGGUGUCGGACCACUUUGCAUGAAUCUGUUCCCCUUCCUGCUGCCAGUCAUCCAGUUCAGCACAGAUGUGACACAGCCCCCUCAUGUGUACCUCAUGGAAGAUGGGGUGGACCUGUGGCACAUAACCCUGCAGAGUUCUACCUCUGUAACACCAGAACUUCUACAACUCUUCAACAACAUGCCUGCCCUUCUAGAGUUGGGGUCAGAGACCUUACGGGUGUGCUUCAGCAUAGUGGACUCCUAUGUUCUGUUGGGGCCUGGUGAGUUUCUACAGAUGUACUCCGGGAUGUUGCAUACAGUGCUGUCAGACAUGAUGACGGACCUGAGACCAGAAGGAGUGACCCACAUAUGCAGGGUAAUAGAAAAUAUGUUCCGUGUCUUCCCUGUGGAAGCUCCCCAGCUGUUUCCAGAUAUCUUAUCUCAUUGCUUCAAGGCUGUACUGGAUAAAGAGGAAUUACCACAGCUGAUGUCCAUGUACCUGGUGCUGAUAGCCCGCGUGAUGUUACAGAACAAUGCCUUCUUCUUCACUUUCCUGUCCAGCCUGGCCUCCAAACUUGGGCUGCAGCCUGGCGAGGUGUUAGGGACAUUACUGGAUAUCUGGAUGGAGAGACUGGAUUGCAUCAGCCAACCAGAGAGAAGAAAGCUCUCAGCUUUGGCUUUGGCCUCCCUCCUGGUCUCAACUGAAAAAGUAAUAUUGGAGCGAUUCUGUGCCAUCGUGAAUUGUUGUGUCGAAGUGCUACAUGAUUGCUGCAGAGAGGACUAUUCAGACAUCCUGUUGAUGACAGAAAAUGAUCCACAACCUGAGGAUGAGAUGGAGAUGGAAGAAGAUAGAAGAAGAAGACAGUUGUCAAUCAAAGAUCCAGUCCACUCGGUGUCACUGCGAGACUUUGUACAAGCCAAGCUGCACGAAUGUCAGCAGACACACGGACAAGAUGGCUUCCAAACUCUUAUGGACACAGUAGACGUUGAAAUCAAGGAACAAUUGCAAAGAUUUAUUGAGUAGACAGAUGGAUUGAUUUAAAAGCUUGGCAAGUUUAAACGUUUUGUUCUAAAUCUCUAAAAUCUGCAAAUGUUUGAUUCAGAUGUUGGUAAGCAUCACCUAGUAUAGAAAAAUGUGUUAAGCUAUUAAAAAAGAAAGCCAGGUGCUUUGCUUGCCACUCUAAAAUUCAUUUAUUAUCGUUCAAUCAGGCAUUGCCAAAUCUUCAUCAUUGAGUAAUGUACACCUGUGCAAAAAAAGUAUUAAGGCCUUAAAGAUUAACAGUCCUGGAUGAAAGGAGCAUUAACUGUUACACAUUAUUACUCGCUAACAUUGUUAGGUACAUUGUACUUGUAUACAUGUGUAACUUGGUGGGUUCACAUGUAUAGUAUCAUGUAUAGUAUAUGUAGAUAGUGUUACAAGAGAUAUUUGCUUACUAAGCUUGAUAACUGUAAUCCAAAAUUCAGCUAGAAUUUUCAUCACCCAACCCUUCCUAAAUGGCAAUAUACAUGAAUGCAUGUAACAGUUACAUUACAUAACCUGAUCAUUGUCAGUUGCCUAGAGAAGACACGAUUUUUCAAUUAACAAUUUUGAUUGUUUCAGUGUAGUCCUUGGCAUUCUCAUUUGGUUGUGCAUGCUCUCUAGUCUCAGUGAGUGAGUGAGUCUAAACUGCAUUACCUGGAUAUAGAUGACAGGUAACGUUAACAUGUUUCAAAAUGAAUUGCAAUCAUAUAUACGGCAAUGAAGGUGCGGACUACAACUUAUAAUACAUGCUGUUACUCAUAGCAGAGAACACAUAGUAAGAGUGUUUGCUGUACAGUAAGGCACCAAUUCCAAAGCAUGUAAUAGUACAGGGUACUCUCUUAGAUAUUUGUAGGUUACCUCAUUAGAAAUCAUACAACAAUGAAGAGAAAGAUUUUAGUAACUGAUGACAACACAGUCAGAUUUAGAAUGGUUGUACAAUAUGCUAGAUCAAGAACGUCCAAAGAAAGGCCAUAUUGAUGGAUAAGAGACUGGCCAGAUAUGUUGAAUGUUGUUUAAGGUAGGAUUCUAGUCUUUGGUUACAUCUGCUUUGUGCAAGUCAGAUGGUAAUCCAGACUUUGAUAGUGAUAGGAACAAAGUUUCAAAAUUGUACAAUAGUUGUGGAAAAAGAGUGUACAGAGUUCCUGAAGUGUAAAAUUUGGAAGACAAACCUUUAUGAAUUUAAGAGAAAUUGCUGGGUAUUUUCAUAAGGGAGGGUAUCUGUGUGGUACAGUAAAGGUAGACUAAAAGAAGUCAAAUUAUAUGCUUGCAGCUAUUUUUGGUGAAAUAUGGACAUUAAGUCAAGCAGAAUGUGGUAUGAGCACUGUUACCCACGGUCAAGGGUAAGAACACUGUUAAUGUGUAAGAGUUAAACAAAUACUUCAUCAGCUCUUCAAAGCUGACAGCCUAAUGUAGUCAACACUCAAACAUAAAUGUACUGCCAUGAAUUCGAUACUUCUUUCUUUCAAGUAUAGUGUAUUUCCAUGAAAGUUACAGUUGCCUGCACUGAAAUUUAUGAUGAUCUCCAAGCAGAAGAUGGCAUGUAUAGCAUUAUGACAUAUUACAGGUUACCCUAUAUCCAAGCUUUGUUGUAUUGGGUGAUUCAUUUACACAUAUGAACAGGAUUACCGGUAAUAAAAGAAAUGGUAUUAUGAC